UCCUCACAGUCUGCGUUCACCACAGUGUGGGAGAAGUUCGCCAGCCAAACUCCAGCAGACCGUGAUGCCUUCUUGCCUGGUACAUUUCCAAAUGACUUCUUGUGGGGCACAUCUACCGCAGCCUUUAAAGUAGAAGGUGGCUGGACCGAGGGAGGAAGAGGGCAGUCUAUCUGGGACGUGUUUGGACAACAUGGCCACUCUCAUGACAAUGCUACUGCAGAUGUGGCCUCUGAUAGCUACAACAAGAUUGACUAUGAUGUAUAUCUGUUGAAAGGUCUACAGGCCAAGACCUACCAUUUCUCCAUCUCCUGGUCCCGGAUCUUCCCAACAGGACUUAAGUCCAGAGUCAGCUCAGAGGGGGUGAAAUACUACAACACACUGAUUGACAGAUUAAUAGAAGAACAAAUCGAACCAAUGGUGACAUUGUACCACUGGGAUCUGCCUCAAGCCUUACAGGAGUCGGGAGGCUGGCAGAACGAAGUCAUCAUUGAUGCGUUCGCUGAAUAUGCUGAUUUCUGCUUUAGCAGCUUCGGAGACCGAGUGAAACACUGGAUCACCUUCCAUGAACCUUGGGUGGUCAGUUAUGCUGGUUAUGGAACUGGAGAACAUGCUCCUAAGAUUCAGGAUCCGGGGAAUGCAUCAUUCAAGGUGACUCACAACAUUGUGAAAGCUCAUGCCAAGGCCUGGCACAUCUACAAUGAUAACUACCGUGGCCAACAGCAUGGGCUGGUGGGCAUCUCUUUGAAUUCCGAUUGGGCAGAGCCGGAAACUGCCAAUGACCCAGAAAGUGUGAGCGCUGCAGAGCGAUAUGUCCAGUUCAUGCUGGGAUGGUUCGCUCAUCCUAUUCUGGCGAACGGAGAUUACCCAGAGGUUCUGAAGGCACAGGUACACCAGAAAAAUAUCCAGUGCCCCAACAUAGUGGCUCCACUGCCCACCUUCAGUGAAGCUGAGAAGACCUAUAUUCAGGGAACUGCAGACUUUAUCGGCAUCUCCCACUACACAUCCCGGCUAAUCAACGCUUCCAGCAGCUCUGUUUGCGAGAACAGUUAUGAUUUUAUUGGAGGGUUUUCUCAACAUGUCGAUCCUUCUUGGCCAACCACCGCCUCUUCAUGGAUCUCAGUAGUGCCAUGGGGCUUUAGGAGGCUUCUAAAUUUUGUCAAGGAAGAGUAUUGGAAAACAGGUCUGUCAAUAUACAUAACCGGAAAUGGAAUGCCAGCGUCCAUGACUGGAGAUGCUUUCAAUGACAAAGAAAGAGCAGAGUACCUGAAUGCCUAUGUCAAUGAGGCCCUUAAAGCCAUCAAGACUGAUAAUGUAUCCGUAAAUUCAUAUGUAGUCCGGUCCCUGCUGGAUGGGUUUGAGGGUCCUCAGGGAUACAGCCAGAGGUUUGGUCUUCAUUAUGUGGAUUUUGGGAAUUCAAACAGACAACGGACUCCCAAGAAAUCUGCAUAUUUAUUCAACUCAAUUAUUGAGAAUAAUGGUUUUACAAAAUCUAAGUCCGCUAAUCCCAAAGCUUCAAGCAUAAGUUGGCCAUCUGCAAGAAAGCUAGCACCCCUCUCAGCUUCAAAUGUCCCAUCAAAGGCAAAAGUUGUGUGGGAGAAAUUUUCAGGGCAAACUGCCUUUGAAAGAGACAUGUAUCAUUAUGCUACCUUUCCACAUGAUUUUAAAUGGGGAGUGUCAACAUCGGCUUAUCAGGUGGAAGGAGGAUGGGAUGCAGAUGGAAAAGGGCCAAGUACCUGGGACAAAUUCACCAAAAUUCCGGGAAAUAUUGAAAAUAAUGCCACUGGUGACAUAGCAUGUGAUAGUUACCACCAGUUAGAUGCUGACCUCUACAUGUUAAAGUCUCUAGGAGUGAACAGUUACCGAUUCUCUAUUUCAUGGUCCAGAAUCUUCCCAGCAGGGCAAGGCACGCCCAAUGAUAAAGGUGUUGAGUAUUACAAUAAACUUAUUGAUGGCCUUCUAGCAAACAACAUCUCUCCAAUGGUCACUCUAUUCCACUACGAUCUUCCUCAAGCCCUAGAGGAUUUGGGUGGCUGGCAGAAUGAUACAGUCCUUGAUGCUUUUCAUAACUAUGCAGACUUUUGUUUUAAGACAUUUGGAGAUAGAGUCAAGUUCUGGAUGACAUUUAACCAGCCUCACAGCAUCGUGACAGCUGGUUAUGGCCUUGGUCUGAUCCCACCUUCUAUAAAGGAGCCUGGUUCUGCUCCAUAUAGAGUAGCACACAACUUGCUGAAGGUCCAUGCCAGGGUCUACCAUACCUAUGAUGAGAAUUAUCGAGGUAGCCAAGGAGGUGUAAUCUCACUGAGCCUCAACACAGAGUGGGUAGAACCUAAAGACUACCAGCUACAGAGGGACAUCGAUGCCGCUGACCGCUACCUGCAGUUUACUCUGGGGUGGUUUGCUCACCCCAUCUUCAAAAAUGGUGAUUACCCAGAGGCCAUGAAGUGGCAAGUGGCUAACAAGAGUGCCCUGCAGGGUCUCCCAACUUCAAGGCUUCCAGCUUUUACAGAGGAAGAGAAGGCCUACAUCCAGGGCACAGCUGAUGUCUUCUCUAUUAACAUCUACACCACCAAAAUAGUUAAGCACAAAACACUCAGGUUGACCCCGGAAUCUUUUGAAAAUGAUAUAGACCUGGAAACAGAGGUUAACAAUAACUGGCCAACAACAGCAAUUUCCGUGCAAAGGGCAGUAGCUUGGGGGACAAGGAGACUGCUUAACUGGGUAAAAGAAGAAUACGGAGAUGUUGCCAUAUACAUCACUGAAAAUGGAGUUGCCACUAGCAGUAGCCCUGAUUAUGAAGACACUGCUCGCAUAUUUUUCUACAAGACCUAUAUCGAUGAGGCUUUAAAAGCUUACUCCUUAGACGGGGUGAAUCUUAAGGGCUACACAGCCUGGUCUUUGAUGGACACCUUUGAAUGGAAUUCUGGGUACUCCGUGCGUUUUGGGCUACACCAUGUGGACUUCAAUAACCCCAACCGCCCGAGGACAGCUAAAAGAUCUGCCAUUUACUAUGCUGAGAUCAUUCGAGACAAAGGUUUCCCUCUGAAAGAAGAAGACAAGUUUCUAUAUGGAGAGUUUCGACCAGACUUUGCGUGGAGCGUGGCCUCAGCAUCCUACCAGAUCGAAGGUGCCUGGAGGGCUGAUGGAAAAGGAUUCAGUAUCUGGGAUAAGUUCACGCAUCUUCCAUUGAGGAUUGACAGUGAUGACAAUGGUGAUGUAGCCUGUGAUAGCUACAACCGACUUGAGCAAGAUAUGAACAGUCUUAAAAAUCUCAAAGUCACACAUUAUCGCUUCUCUAUUUCUUGGUCAAGGAUCCUCCCAGAUGGAACACGGAACUUCGUCAAUGAACCAGGGUUUAAUUACUACAUCCGUCUGGUGGAUGCUCUUUUGGCUGCCAAUAUUAUACCACAGGUGACAAUAUAUCACUGGGACUUACCACAAGCUCUUCAAGAUGUAGGAGGUUGGGAGAACGAGACAAUAGUUGCAAGAUAUAGGGAUCGAGAUUAUGAUCUGAUCUGCUCUUCCAGAGACUGGGUGACAAAGUGA